CUCGUUUAUACAUACGUAGUAUGUAACACAGUUGUGUAAUUGAAUCAUGCAAGAUAACUUCGUCGCCUUAUAGAAAAAAAAGUGUGUAUGCGGUUGAGGAUAAGGCGAUAAACAUAUAGAGAUAAAUAUUACCUAUACGCAGUUAAAAUGUUCCAACAUAGUUCGUCUUGAAGGAAGGCUCUCAGUGUUAUCUCAGCAGCCGUAAAGUGCGUAUGGACUUGGGAAGCUAUAAAUUAAAGAAAUGUUUCGUUUUUGUAUUACAAGGAAUUCGUUUUUCUUCUCAGCUACUAAUUACCGCGUAUAUUACAGAAAUGUUGCUAAUGUGAAACAUUCAUUGCUUGUAAAUCCUCGAAGUUCUUGGAAAUUAUGCAACAUGUCGAGUCAACGGUUAUUUCACGAAAACCAAGAUAAGCCGGCACACAUGCUACAGCAUGGAAGUGUACCAUUAAUCGACGAACCCAUAGGAAAAUUAAUCGGGACGGCUGCAGAAAGGUGGCCUGAUCGAGAGUGUGUGGUGUCUCUACAUCAGAAUAUACGAUUAACGUUUUCCGACGUCAUUCAGCGUGCCGAUCGUUUGGCUGCCGGUUUAAUGAAAUUGGGUAUGAAGCGCGGCGAUCGUCUCGGACUAUGGGGUCCCAACGACGUCGAAUGGUUAAUUACCUACAUGUGCGCCAGCAGAGCAGGUUUCAUUCUUGUUGCUAUCAAUCCUAACUAUCAAAUGGAUGAGCUCAUCCACUGUAUACAAAAGGUCGGCGUAAAGGCUGUGAUAUCACCUGACAAUUUUAAAACACAAGAUUAUCCACGCAUGCUACUUCAAGCCCAGCAAAUGUGUCCUACUUUGGAACACAUAAUUAUCUAUUCGAAGGAUCACGUGACUGGAACUCGCCGCUUUAUCGAUGUGGAGGAGCUCGCAACCAGAAUCGAGACGCAGUGGGUCGCGGCAGAGCAGGGCCAAAUAUCUUGUCACGAUGGUAGUAAUAUACAAUUUACUUCAGGAACCACUGGAAGACCAAAAGCCACGUUGAUAUCACAUAGGUCUGUGAUGAACAAUUCGAAACAGGCUGCCGUAAAAGCAGAGUUAACCGUCGACCACAAAGUUUGCCUAAACGUUCCAUUCUUUCAUGUGUUUGGCAUUAUUAAAGGGUUGAUGUGCAUGCUUCACGCGGGUAUCACGCUCGUGUUACCAGCUCGUUCAUUUAAUCCUGUGAAAUCAUUGGAGGCGAUAGUACGCGAGAAGUGCAAUGUCGUUUACGGAACUCCAACAAUGUGGAUCAAUCUAUUGGACGUUCAACAACGAUUUCAACCGCCACCAAUAACUUUAGCCUGUGGCGUCACCGGUGGUGCUCCUGCGUCGCCGGAGCUUUUCAAAAAAAUAAGAAAAUGCUUCAAUUUUGACAACAUGAAGACGAUAUACGGGCUGACGGAGACAACGGCGGUCAUCUUUCAGACACUGCCCAACGAAAAUAACGAAUUGACAGAGAAUACAGUAGGCCAUUUGGCCGAUCACGUUGAAGCUAUGAUCGUCGAUGAGAAUGGGAACACCGUGCCAUUCGGUACUCCCGGAGAACUUUGGAUUCGAGGUUACUGUACCAUGAUGAAAUAUUGGAACGACAAAGAGGCAACCGAGAAGACUCUUACCAAAGAUGGAUGGUUGAUGACUGGUGAUCAAUUCGUCUUAAGAUCGGAUGGUUAUGGACAGAUAGUAGGGAGACUGAAAGACAUGAUAAUUCGGGGAGGAGAGAACAUUUUCCCAAAAGAGGUCGAGGAUGUAUUGAUGACACACCCCCUGGUGGCUGAGGCACAAGUUAUAGGCGCCUACGAUGAAGUGUACGGGGAGGAGGUAUGCGCCUGCGUGCGUCUUCAAGAGGGCGCGAGUCUUAGAAAAGAAGAAUUGAGAGAAUAUUGUAAGGGUCGUAUGGCGCAUUUUAAGAUACCACGUUACAUAGAAUUCGUAACGGAAUAUUCGAAAACAGCUAGUGGGAAAAUACAGAAAUAUAAACUGAAACAACAAAUGGAAAGCAAAAGGGUAAUUCCCACUAAUUCGGGCGAGAAUAUUACCGUCUCUUUUGGUAAAAAUGAAAAAAAAAAUUAAUUAAUUCCGUUUAAUUUAAGUAAUGUUUAAUUUAAUAAUUUUCUUCGUUGCUUAAUUUAAUAAUUUUUAAUAAAUUUUUGUUUAAUGAUAUUAUUAUCUUUUAAGAAGAUGAAAAAGUAAACGCGGUAUAAUUCGGUAAGAUAGGUUCGUCGUGGUAGAGGACGCCACACAUUCGUUUGCCAAGUCAUUACCUACGAACUCGGUAAUGUAGAAAACUAUUCCAAGUGCGGUCAUAUAAUAUUUACCAUCAAUCCAGCGAAAUACAUAUGUUAAUACAUCA